GCGAGGUUCACUGCUCCUCUGGAACAUCUCCCCGGAAACCUCCUUCCCUCUCGGUCGCACACCGCUCGGGUUUCCUUAGCCAAACAGCUCGACUGUUCGAAUUUCUCUUCAACCGACCGUCAGCUUCCCCACGAUGCUUUCCGCUUGUGCUGUUGCCCUGAGGGCGGGCGCCCGCCGCAGCGUCCGCCGCCUGCCCCGGUCGCGCCUCGCCGCCGUGCCUGCUUCCCUUCAUCGAGCGAGACCUUUCUCGUCUUCUGCCGCCCGAUCCAUCGACCUCAGCACCCGCGGCAUGAUCGUGCAGACGCUGUCGUCUGUGGGAUCCAAGCGCGAAGUUCAGCAGUACCUCUCGCUCUUCACCUCCGUUUCGUCGCAGCGCUUCGCCGUCAUCAAGGUCGGCGGUGCCAUCCUGACCGACUACCUGGACGAGUUAUGCUCUAGCUUGGCAUUCCUCUACGCCGUCGGCCUCUAUCCCGUCAUCGUCCACGGGGCCGGGCCCCAGCUCAACACCCUGCUCGAGCAGGCCGGCGUCGAGCCUCAGUUUGAGGAAGGGAUCCGGGUGACCGACUCCAAGACUCUGCGUGUCGCACGCGACCUGUUCCUCCAGGAGAACCUCAACCUGGUGAACAAGCUGGAGGAGAAGGGCGUGCACGCCCAGCCCCUGACGACCGGCAUGUUCAGGGCAGACUAUCUUGACAAGGACAAGUGGGGCUUUGUCGGAAAGAUCACGAGCGUCAACAAGAAGCCCAUCGAGACGGCCAUCAACAAUGGCUAUCUUCCGAUUCUCACCUCCAUGGCCGAGACCGACGAUGGCCAGAUCCUCAAUGUCAAUGCCGACGUCGCUGCUGCCGAGCUGGCCCGGGCCCUGGAGCCCCUCAAGGUCGUCUACCUGUCCGAGAAGGGUGGUCUUUUCGACGCUGCGGGCCAGAGGAUCUCGGCCAUCAACCUGGACGAGGAGUAUGACUACCUCAUGUCGCAGUCAUGGGUCAAGUACGGCACCCGGUUGAAGAUCAAGGAGAUCAAGGAGCUGCUGGAUACCCUGCCUCGCGCUACCAGUGUCGCCAUCAUUCACCCUGGAGAGCUCCAGAAGGAACUGUUCACGGACUCCGGGGCCGGCACGCUCAUCCGCCGCGGCAACAAGCUGCUCUCGGCUACCAGCCUGUCCGAGUUCAAGGACCUGGACGCCCUGAAGGAGGUGCUGAUUCGCGACCGGGAGGGCCCCGAUGCCCGGGCCACCGUUGACAAGUACCUCGACUUCCUCCAGGAAAACGACUUCAAGGCGUAUUACGACGGGCCGAUGAACGCCCUUGCCAUCGUCUUGCCGGCGCGCAACGGGCGCCAGGCUACCCUUGCUACCCUGACUAUCACCAAGUCUGGGUGGCUGACCAACGUCGCCGAUAACAUCUUCACGGCCCUCCGCAAGGAGCACCCCCAGCUUGUCUGGACCGUGAGGGAGGAUGACGAGAACCUCGGGUGGUUCUUCGACAAGGCUGACGGCAGCAUCACCCGGAACGGCAGUGUUAUGUUCUGGUACGGGAUCGAGAACGGCGAGGAGGUGGUGCAGUUGAUGAAGGACUUCACGCAGCAUGGCCGUGCCAUGCUUGGCGACUCCAACCUCGAGUCGCGGUUGCAGCGCGCCGCCACGAAGCAGCGCGCCGCCACGAACGGGGCCAAGCCGGUAGCCCAGCAGGCCCGUGCCUAUUCCACGCUCGCUCGCCGCCCCAUCCUCUCGGCGCCAACCUCUGGCCAGACGGCUCGGAGGACCUACGUUACCCAGACCAACCCCAACCCCCCGAUCGGCAAGAAGAACGCAUCCAAGUCGCAGCCCGCCAGGGUGGCAUUGAUUGGCGCCCGCGGCUACACCGGCCAGGAGCUGAUCCGCUUGCUCGACUCUCACCCGAACAUGGAUCUGCGCCAUGUCUCCUCCCGCGAGCUUGCGGGCACCAAGCUCGAAGGGUACAACAAGCGAGACGUCAUCUACGAGAAUCUCAGCCCCGAAGACGUCCGGGAUAUGGAGCGGCGGGGCGAGAUCGACUGUUGGGUCCUGGCUCUGCCGAACGGCGUCUGCAAGCCAUUCGUCGAGGCCGUGUACGAGGGCCGCAAGGGCUCGGACCAUAAGAGCGUCAUCGUCGACUUGUCAGCAGACUACCGUUUCGACAACACCUGGACUUACGGUCUCCCCGAGCUCGUUUCUAGGGCGAACCUCACCCAGGCCACCCAGAUCGCUAACCCCGGCUGCUACGCCACGGCUGCCCAGCUCGGUAUCGCUCCCCUUGUCCCCCAUCUCGGCGGCAUGCCUCACGUGUUUGGCGUCUCCGGCUACUCGGGCGCGGGCACUAAGCCUUCUCCCAAGAACGACGUCAACCUGCUCACGGAUAACAUCAUCCCGUACAGCCUGACGGGCCAUAUCCACGAGCGCGAGGUUAGCACGCAGCUCGGCGCGCAGGUGGCGUUUAUCCCGCACGUCGCUGUCUGGUUCCGCGGCAUCCACCACACCAUCUCGAUCCCGCUCAACAAGACCAUGACGUCGCGCGACAUCCGCCAGAUCUAUCAGGACCGCUAUGCCGGCGAGAAGCUGGUCAAGGUGGUAGGCGAGGCGCCGCUGGUCAAGAACAUCAGCGGCAAGCACGGCGUCGAGAUUGGCGGGUUCGAGGUGGACAAGAGCGGGAAGCGUGUCGUCGUGUGCGCCACCAUCGACAACCUGCUCAAGGGCGCCGCUACUCAAUGUUUGCAAAACAUGAACCUCGCCCUGGGUUACGCAGAGUACGAAGGUAUUCCCGUCAUGUAAAAUGAUCUUGCAAGAGAGUACAUAUGCGUUUCUUUGCUGGGGGCCGAUCAGGGGCUUCGAUACCACAUCGGCACUCGUUAGCAGGUUCGUCUCUUGUUCCCUCCUAUUCUGUUCAUAUGGUCGUUCUCUCUCCUUCCGGAGUUUUGGCGGGGAAUAUUUUUGUUUCGCAAAAAUCGGGUUUCGGCUUCGGCUAUGGGACAGACGAUUCGGGUUUCGUCACUGAGUCGGUAGGUUUUGUAUAUAAGGGGAAGAGGAAUCUCAAGGCCGGGGGGCCUUUUGCGUCGAUCGUGUCUCUCCGUGGUUCAAUUCUGCAUUAUAUGGCGUCUCGUUGCCAAGCGGGUUGCGAAGUUCCCCGACCCUUGACUCCACUCACAGGAGCAAACUCUUGAUGAUGAUGAUGCAAGCUCAAGUUUAACCCACGCGAUUUAUUCGCCUCGUGUGUGUAGUCGAGCAUGAUUACAAGGUGCGGUGAGGCUUUCGUAGCGUGGCACCAGGCUGGGGGUGCAGAACCAUCGCGUCUCUAGCUGCUCCCGCGACUAUACUAAACCUACUCCGAGGUCGGACAAUAUUGGUAAUCAUUGAAUACAUCAUUUACGUCGUCAAAAAAACAUGGUUGAAUGCGAGAGGCAAAAUGGCG